UUCACAUCUCUCUUCUUCUUCAGAUCGCGAGGCGGAAGCAGCAGCAGCAGCAGGAGGAGGAGAGGAUCCCGUCGCCGAAUCGGGCCCGGAUCCGAGGUCGCCGGCAGCGUCGGGCGAUGAUGCCGUCGGCGUCGGACGCGGCGGCGGCGGCGGCGCUGGAGCUGCAGGAGUCCGGGUGGGAGGAGCUGCGGCGGGAGUCGCGGAAGCUGGAGGGCGACCUCGACGUCAAGCUCUCCUCCUACGCGCGCCUCGCCGCGCGCUCCUCCUCCGCGUCCGCCUCCGCAUCCUCCUCCGCCGCCGCGGCGUCGUCCCCGAGCGACCGCUCCUCCUGGAAGUCCAUGGAGUUCGAGAUCCAGUCGCUGCUCGACAAGCUGCAGGACGUCAACGACGCCAUGAGCCGCUGCGCCGCCUCCACUGCCCCCACCGUCUCCGUCACCCAGAAGCUCGCCCGCCACCGCGACAUCCUCCACGAGUUCGCGCAGGAGUUCAGGAGGACGAGGGGGAAUCUGAGCUCCAUCAGGGAGCACGCGGAUCUCCUCAGCUCCGUGCGGGACGACAUUACCGAGUCCAAGGCUACCGGCGGCAUGUCGCCGAGGGUGCAUUUGCUCAGAGAGAGGGCUUCGAUUCAUGGCAGCAUUAACCAGAUUGACGAGGUCAUUGGCCAAGCUCAGAGCACAAGGGUAGCCCUUUCCAAUCAGAGGGCAUUAUUUGGGGAUGUUCAAGGAAAAGUCAAGCAACUGGGUGAAAAGUUCCCUGUUAUUAGAGGCCUACUUGGUGCCAUCAAGAGGAAGAAAUCCAAGGACACUAUCAUUCUUUCAGCAGUGAUAGCAGCCUGUACCAUCUUCUUGAUUAUUUACUGGCUUUCAAAAUGAUGGUUGAAGCCUUGAAAUCUCGUCGUGAAGGCUUUCCCCUCUUGGCACAGAAUUGCUGAUACCGUAUGACACGAUAAGACUUGUAGUAUGUUUUAUUUGUUAGGCUAAGAGGAGGGGAUGAGAGGUUGGAUUCUUCAGCUUUCAUCAAUUUGCCUUUGUUAUAUACCUUGUAUCUGGAGAUUAACCUGUUCUAUAUGUACAGUACAGAGCAAUUUUGCUUUCCAAAGUAACCUGUUUGGCUGGCUGAGUAAA